AUGGUUUUACUUUUCUUCAUUUAUGCGUUUCUCCUUUCCACAUAUUUUGGUUUAACUUAUUCUCAGCCUAACUUUAUCAUCAUGUUGAUGGACGAUAUGGGCUGGGGAGACCUUGGAAUUCUUGGGGAGCCAAAUAAGGAGACUCCAAAUCUGGAUAAAAUGGCAGCUGAAGGCUUGCUUUUUACAGACUUCUAUUCAGCAAAUCCACUUUGCUCACCUUCCCGGGCUGCUCUUUUGACAGGACGCUUACCAAUCAGAAAUGGUUUCUAUACUACAAAUGCCCAUGCUCGAAAUGGUUAUACACCCCAAGUAAUAAUGGGAGGAAUUUCUGACUAUGAAAUAUUGCUACCGGAAUUGCUUAAGAAGAAAGGCUACCAAAACAAAAUAAUUGGCAAAUGGCAUUUAGGUCACAGGUCACACUAUCAUCCUCUUAAACAUGGCUUCCAUGAAUGGUUUGGGUCUCCCAAUUGCCACUUUGGUCCUUAUGACAACAAGCGAACACCAAAUAUUCCUGUUUACAAAGACUGGCUGAUGGCUGGAAGCCUCUUUGCUGCUACCCCCUCUCCCCACCGCCCACUGAAACCAGAUGAUCAAUAUCUUUCUGCAAGAUAUUCAUUAUAUACUUCAAUAAAAUAUAUCCAUUUUACUUCUGACAUAUAUCUGUUUGCUUAUCCAACUUUUUCUCUGCUCUCUCUUUCCUCUUCUUCUCUGCUCUAUUUACCCUUCCUCUCCGCUCUCUAUUGCCUUCCUCUCUGCUCUCUAUUGCUUUCCUCUCCGCUCUCUUUCCUCUUCCUCUCUGCUCUCUUUACCCUUCCUCUCUGCUCUCUUUACCCUUCCUCUCUGCUCUCUUUACCCUUCCUCUCUGCUCUCUUUACCCUUCCUCUCUGCUCUCUUUACCCUUCCUCUCUGCUCUCUUUACCCUUCCUCUCUGCUCUCUUUACCCUUCCUCUCUGCUCUCUUUCCUCUUCCUCUCUGCUCUCUUUCUUCUUCCUCUCUGCUCUCUUUACCCUUCCUCUUAGCUACCUUUUUUCCUUUAUCUUCCUAUCCACUCUAUUUUUUUCCUCUUGUAAAUCCAGCACUGCUCUCUUCUCUAUUCAUUUCAUUUGCUUGCUUUUCUCUAUUUUUUCCAUUCCUCUCUCUCUCUCUCUCUUCUCUAUUCUUUUCCUUUACUCUCUCUUCUCUAUUCUUUUCCUUUACUCUCUCUUCUCUAUUCUUUUCCUUUACUCUCUCUCUCUUCUCUUUUCCUUUACUCUCUCUCUCUUCUCUUUUCCUUUACUCUCUCUCUCUUCUCUUUUCCUUUACUCUCUCUCUCUCUUCUCUUUUCCUUUACUCUCUCUCUCUCUUCUCUAUUCUUUUCCUUUACUCUCUCUCUCUUCUCUUUUCUUUUCCUUUUCUCUCUCUUCUCUUUUCCUUUACUCUCUCUCUCUUCUCUAUUCUUUUUUUUUCUCUCUUCUCUAUUCUUUUCCUUUCUCUCUCUCUUCUCUAUUCUUUUCCUUUCUCUCUCUCUCUUCUCUAUUCUUUUCCUUUUCUCUCUCUUUCUAUUCUUUUCCUUUCUCUCUCUUCUCUAUUCUUUUCUUUCUCUCUCUCUUCUCUAUUCUUUCCUUCUCUCUCUUCUCUAUUCUCCCUUUCUCUCUCUCUUCUCUAUUCUUUUCCUUCCUCUCUCUCUUCUCUUUCCUUCUCUCUCUCUUCUCUAUUCUUUUCCUUCUCCCUCUCUUUCUCUCUAUUCUUUUCUUUUCCUCUCUCUUCUUUUCUCUCUCUCUCUCUCUUCUCUAUUCUUUUCCUUCUCUCUCUCUCUUCUCUAUUCUUUUCCUUUCUCUCUCUCUCUUCUCUAUUCUUUUCCCUCUCUCUCUCUACUUUUCUUUUCUUUUCUUUCCUCCUUCUCUCUCUUCUCUUUCCUUUACUCUCUCUUCUCUUUUCCUUUCUCUCUCUUCUCUUUUCCUUUCUCUCUCUUCUCUUUUCCUUUUCUCUCUCUCUCUCUUCUCUUUUCUUUUUCCUUCUCUCUCUCUCUUCUCUAUUCUUUUCCUUUCUUCUCUCUCUCUCUUCUCUAUUCUUUUCCUUUCUCUCUCUCUCUUCUCUAUUCUUUUCCUUCCUCUCUCUCUCUUCUCUAUUCUUUUCCUUUACUCUCUCUCUCUUCUCUCUUUUUUCCUUUUCUCUCUCUUCUCUAUUCUUUUCCUUUCUCUCUCUCUAUUCUUUUCCUUUUGGUUCUCUCUCUUCUCUUUUCCUUUACUCUCUCUCUCUCUUCUCUAUUCUUUUCCUUUACUCUCUCUCUCUAUUCUUUUCUUUUUUUUACUUUUUUCUCUCUUCUCUUUUCCUUCUCUCUCUCUCUUCUCUAUUCUUUCCUUUACUCUCUCUCUUCUCUAUUCUUUCCUUUCUCUCUCUCUCUUCUUUUUCUUUUCCUUUACUCUCUCUCUCUAUUCUUUUUCUUUUCCUUUUCUUCUCUCUCUCUCUUUCCUUCUCUCUCUCUCUAUUCUUUUCCUUUACUCUCUCUCUCUAUUCUUUUCCUUUCUCUCUCUCUCUUCUCUAUUCUUUUCCUUCUCUCUCUCUCUCUAUUCUUUUCCUUUACUCUCUCUCUCUUCUCUAUUCUUUUCCUUUACUCUCUCUCUCUUCUCUAUUCUUUUCCUUUACUCUCUCUCUCUUCUCUAUUCUUUUCCUUUACUCUCUCUCUCUCUCUAUUCUUUUCCUUUACUCUCUCUCUCUCUCUAUUCUUUUCCUUUACUCUCUCUCUCUAUUCUUUUCCUUUACUCUCUCUCUCUCUAUUCUUUUCCUUUACUCUCUCUCUCUCUAUUCUUUUCCUUUACUCUCUCUCUCAAUAUUCUUUUCCUUUACUCUCUCUCUCUCUUCUCUUUCUUUUCUUUCUCUCUCUUUCCUUUCCUUUCCCUCUCUCUCUUCUCUUUUUCCUUUUACUCCCUCUCUACCCUCUCUUUUCCUUUCCUUUCCCCUCUCUCUCUCUUUCCUUUUCCCCUCUCUCUCUCUCUUUUCCUUUACUCCCUCUCUCUCUUCUCUUUUCCUUUACUCCCUCUCUUCCUUUACUCCCACUCUCUCUUCUCUAUACUUUUCCUUUGUUCUCUCUUCUCUUUUCCCUUAUUCCCUUUCCUCCUCUUCUUAUCCUUUGUCUCUGCAUUAUUUUCUUUUUUAUCUAUGCUCUUUGUUUCCCUCUUCCCUUAA